AUGGAGGAGUUCCACUACGAAGAAGUGCAGCUGUCGGAGAUGACACUGGAGGACGGUGUGCUGCGCUUCCCCUGCCCCUGCGGCGACUUGUUCGAACUUCUUCUGGAGGACUUCUUCGCUGGCAACGAUGUGGCGCAGUGCCCCACCUGCUCUCUCACAAUCAAGGUACUCUUCACCAACGAAGAGAAGAGCUCCUUCCUGGCACAGAACAAGGUCGAUGCAGUUUGUGCCGUAGCGGCGUAG